AUGAUCGCUUCUGGCGUUUGUAGAAGCGACCAUUCUCUUCUGACGAUAGAAAAACAAGCAUCUUGGUUCCAGGAAAAGUAUAUCUUGGGCCACGAAGGCUGCGGACAGAUUAUUGAAAUAGGCAGUAAUGUUCAAGACAAAGGACUGAAAGUAGGAGAUAUCGUGGCUCUUCAUGCGGUCCCAGGCUGUGGACAAGAUGAAUGCCCAGAAUGUUCUCGCGAUCUGGAUCAACUGUGUGAAAGAGGUCAUCACUCAGGUAUUGGUCAGGAUGGUUUUUACGCGCCAUUUGCAGCUGUCGAUAUUAAAGCUGCAGUCAAGGUUCCAAACGGGGUAACGCCAGCUGAAGCAGCAGUGGCCACUGACGCUGUCACCACAGCGUUUCAUGCUAUCACGAGGAGAGGAGAAGUUAAGAAACAUGAGACAGUAUUCUUAUUCGGUCUCGGUGGUCUGGGGUUCAAUGCUCUUCAGAUUGUUCGUCAUAUUGGGUCUCGAGUGAUAGUUUCCGACAUUCGGCAAGAACUACUUGAUGAAGCCAAGGCUCUGGGUAUACCUGAGAAAGAUAUCGUUCCAGUAGGAAAGUCUCCUCAAGAGUUCGUCAAAGAGAAUAGUCUGGAAGGCAAGAUCGACACUGUUCUUGACUUUGUUGGUACCCAUCAGACAUUUGAAGAUGCUCAACAUAUCGUACGUCGUGGAGGCAAACUACUCUGCAUAGGCAGCCUCGACACGGAAAACACGAUCCACAUGAAAAUUGGCACCAGGAAGCGACUUUCCUUCAUUUUCUCAUAUGGUGGCCAAGUCGAAGAUUUGGAAAAGGUUCUUGACCUUGUUGCUUCAGGUCAUAUUAGUCCACGAGUUGAAACCAGAAAGCUCCCGGAUUUUGAGGAAGUACUUGUGGCAUUGUGUGAAGGAAAGGUCAAGUCAAGAGUAGCUUUACUGCACGAUUAG